UUGAGCUGACCUAUCUAUCAGUCUCACUCACUAUUUCCACGGUGAUAUCUUUCUGCAAUGGCGUCCAGGCUUCUGUUCCUUCCGAAUUCGUUGUUUUCACGACCGGCGCUGCCUUACUCCCGUCGCAAAAAUGCCUCACCAACUCUUACUUCUUCUACUAACGCCAAACCAUUUCCCCAAGAUUCGCCACUGCCAUUGUAUAAUCACAGAGAGAAGGCACCGAUGUGGCCUCCGAAUAGGCCCAACCAAUUCAGCAGCUCUGUAGCCGUCAGGUCAAGUUUGAGCUAUCCUAUCAUCUCUCCGCAAGAUCAAUGGGGCAUGUGGACUGCUCUCUUCUCUGUCGGCGCUUUUGGUAUUUGGUCAGAGAAGACUAAGAUUGGAAGUGCAUUGAGUGGUGCAUUAGUAAGUGUGCUAGUUGCUCUUGCAGCAAGUAACUUGGGGAUUAUAGCCUGUGAAGCGCCAGCGUAUAAGGUUGUGACGGGGUUCUUGCUUCCUCUGGCUGUUCCAUUACUGCUGUAUCGGGCAGAUAUGCGUCAGGUGAUCAAGUCCACCGGGAAAUUGCUCUUCGCUUUCUUGCUUGGAUCAGUUGCAACAACUAUUGGAACUGUUGUGGCUCUAUGGUUGGUGCCAAUGCGGACCCUGGGAAAUGAUGCAUGGAAGAUAGCUGCUGCACUGAUGGGACGACAUAUAGGUGGAGCUGUCAAUUAUGUGGCAAUAUCUGAAGCUCUAGCAACAUCUCCUUCUGUUGUUACUGCUGCAUUAGCUGCAGAUAAUCUCAUCUGUGCAGUAUACUUCUCAACGUUGUUUGCAUUGGCUUCUAAAGAACCUGCUGAGGCUACAGAAUUGAAAAGUGAUGUUGGGAUCAAAGAAGAUCCGGAAUCUGGGAGCAAGCUACCUGUGCUGCAGACUGCCACCGGUCUUGCUGUAUCCUUGGCAAUAUGCAAAGCGGGAAGCUUUUUAACAAAGUAUUUUGACAUCCAAGGCGGUACCCUUCCGAUGGUUACAGCCAUUGUUGUUCUUCUAGCAACCCUGUUUCCGAGGCAGUUUGCUUACCUUGCACCUUCUGGUGAAGCCAUGGCCUUGAUCCUAAUGCAGGUAUUUUUUGCUGUUGUGGGUGCAAAUGGGAACAUUCGAAGCGUGAUCACUACAGCACCCAGUAUCUUCCUAUUUGCUUUAGUUCAGGUUGCUGUACAUCUUGCCCUGAUACUUGGAGUAGGUAAACUGCUCCGGUUCGACCUGAAAACAUUGCUUAUAGCAUCAAAUGCAAAUGUAGGUGGCCCAACAACAGCUUGUGGAAUGGCCACUGCCAAAGGGUGGACUUCCAUGGUUAUUCCUGGUAUUCUUGCUGGUAUUUUUGGCAUCGCAAUUGCUACAUUUCUUGGUAUAGCUUUUGGACAGGCAGUUCUGAGAUUCAUGUAGCUUCUCAAACCUUGAAUGGAUAAUUGAACAAUUUUACCAUGAGCCUUGUUGGGUUGAGCUAAGCCAAGAAUUACACUAUUUGAUGGCA